GCGCGAAAACAGAUGAUCUAACGUAAGAAAAAAAGACGCUCCUGAAACGAAGCGCAGCCGUCUUUCGGGAUCGUUUUUGUUCACGUUUCCAGUUCCUUUUGUUCGUGUUUGUGUGUGCAGUCUAUAUACAGGCCGACCAGCAAAAGGACACCCGCCUUCAAUAACAGAGCAGACACGUAUGUGCAGUGUUUGUUGACCCAGUCGCGUGCACACGUUUACAUAUCGAGCCCAACGGCGCAGGAAAAAGGGAAACAAAAAAAAAGAACGCGAAAGGAAGCCUCGGAGAGGCGAUAGAAGCCGUGCCAACACGAAAGGUAGUUGAGCCCUUUUCCACCAGAUGGCGCUACGAGAGAGAUCGAAAAAAAAAUAAGCUGGCGAGCGAGCGACGGUCUCAAGAAAAAAGAAAGGCGGGAGAAAGGAAGAGGAAGCGCGCGCAAAACGGCCGUCCACGAUUGGAGGGCGGUGUGGUCACGUGACCUCAGGCGGCCGAUUCGAGCGCCGCGUAGCUGCUGCUUCACGCAACGUGCUCGACGAUGAGGGAGUAAAAAAGGGCGUUCGAGAGGAGGGGUGCGAGACGGGCGCACGUACACGGCCGAGAAGACGGAGUCGAGGCAAAGAGAAGCAUAGAAGAGGUACCGCUCGUUCUUGAGAGAAGUGAACGAUAGAACCGGCUGGGAGAAGAGGCAACAACGGCGGCUUGCGGCGGCGCGUGGGAAAGGGUGGUUCAGGAAAGGAGGUUCUUUUUCUCCUCUCUCUCCGAGGGAUAAUCCACGGAGUCCGCACCUGAGUUGGGGCCACUGGCGCCGCCGGCGUUCGGAGCGCCCGGUCCAAAACGUUCAACCCCACCACACAAAACAAGACUCUUUUUUUCUCUCGACUCUCGAAGAAAAAAAGUCCGCGCCUUUCUCGUAGUACCUUACAUCAACAACAACUUGAAAAAAAAAAAGAAAGAAAUAAUACCCAGUCGUGAAGACUCGCCCCAACGCCCUUCGCUGCUUUUCGCCGACCAAGCGUGCAACAAAUCCUACUACAUCGCCGCCGCCAUCCCCUCUUCACCUACCGCUUCGUUGGUCCGUUCCGUCGAGUGCCGUGGUUAUUUGCAUCCUCACCCGCCGCAUCGUGUUUUCAUCGCCCCAUCCGUGCAUCUUAGAUCGCCUGCCACUCUGUGAAAGCCAAGGAGAAGAUCCGUGCGCGACGACGAUUGAGUCUGAAUCGCAGUCAAGCACGUACCGAAGAGUCGACCGAACCCCGCGCAAGGUCCGUGUUGUUGUCAUCGUCGCUGGCGUCGCUCCUUUUGCCUCCGGCCCUCGGAAGAAGAAAGAAAACCGUCAUUGCCGGCGACGACUACGACACAACGGCCUGCUUGAAUUCGUCGUGCCGUGCCGCUUGAUUGUUUUUUUUCCCCGACGUCACCACUCCUCCUCCUUCUGCAAACGUGUUCGCCAAAGUCUGUGUUCGUGCCCACGUCUGUUUCUGUGCGUACGGUGGUUUUACUGCCGCCGAUUUCGUUCCGUCUUCGUCGACGCCACCUAGACGCGGUCUCCGACGGCACCGGGCUCGACUCGGCUCUACCUCGUACGGCCGUUUGCUCGUUUCGCGCCGCCGCUGUUGCCGGUGCUGCGACGACGCUGAUCCAAGACGGGAAAGGUUGAAGUGAGUUGCUCUCGAAGGUGGCUCUUCUCGGGUCAUGAAUCGCGUGUCAGCUGUACAUGCCCUCCUACCGCCGUUGCCGCCUAGCGUCGCUUCGUGUUCUUCUUCUUUGUCGAGGAGAAGAGAGGCUCUGCCGGCCGCUCGAAUCUGCUUCGGGCAUGCGAGCGGCCCGACCGGCUCUACGGAUUUGAAGAGAGCUCUGGCGUCAUCUUGCUUUGGGAAUGCCGUGGCGUCGAGCGAAUGCCUCGCGCCACCAGCUUCGCGCCCACUUCGCCUAGCAAUACGCUUUCUGAAGAACUCUUUGGCGCCGUGGCCACGCAGUUUGGUUGUUCUUCGCUUUACACAUCCGGGGGUUUAGCCUGUUCUGUUUUCUUUAUUCUGUUAAUUUUUUUCUUUUCACUUCUUUUUCCACCGCAGCUCUUUCUCGUUGAAGCUUCUAUAUCACACUUGUACAAACAUUCUUCACUUAUAGCCCUUCGUUCCUCUCGCGUCAGCGUAGUCUAGGAGAUCAUCUUCUCCCCCAGGAAACGUUUGUAGGAACCUCGAAUCGCGUAACUUUUAGAAGCUGUUGGUACUUUCCCAAAUGGUUGCACGUUCUUCAGCGCGCGUUUAGUAGAUAUGUUAUACGCGCUUUUAUCUUUCAUAAACACGCGAAAAGCUAGUACUCUCGCACCAGAAAAUGUAGCUAUUAACACUGUCCGUGUUCGCCAUUCUUGAAGAAACGCUGCCCUUUGGAGUGACGUGUGUAUUUGUGACGUGUGUCGCAAGAAUACCUAAAAGCAGCACAACAGUUUCUUAUCAGUACGAUAUAACGCAGAGCUCGCGUUUUGCUGGCCAGUCGCCAGUUUUUCCUUUGUGACAAUAAUACCGAAACAAUAACUAAACUGUCAUAAGCGGCCUUCACCUGCCCACUGUCGUUGGUAAAACGGGACCACACGUGUUUUUGUCACUACCGUGAGACCAAUUAUAUAUCGGGAUUCGCCAUCACUGUAGUUCGGACCAUCUCAUCUUAUCAGCCUCUUCUUCAACUCUGCAGAACUUGCAAAAUAAAAAUAAGAAGAUCCCUAACUUCUCUUGUAAAAGAGCUUUUGUAGCUUUAAACCAGGCUGCUAUAGAUUGCGAGUAUCUGCCUUCUCUUAAGCAAAUAAACGCAGGCUUUUGCUUGAUGACGGUCAUGGGAAUCCACCCUGAAUAGUCGGUUGGAGAGGUGUGACAAACUAUUCGUAACAAGUGACCAAUAAUGUCUUUUCCGCAUAACUGUGGUUCGCAGCGCUAACACAAGAGAAAAAAAUUUGCUGUUGGUGACAGGCGCACAAUUUCUUGAUCCGGUGCAGGAAAUGAACAAGCUAGUUUUAAAACUCUCUCGCUAGGGGUUCGUUUUUAGCUUGCAUGGUGUGAGCAGCUCAGCUCCGGACAUCUUCGCCUUGUCAAAUCAGUGGAGAGACAAGAAUUCUCGUCAAGAAUUUGAAAGGAGACCAGGCAAUUUUGUAAGGGGUCAUUUAGCUUGCGGAACUGUGUCUGUCAUUCAAUCACCCAUUUCUUAGCCGAGCAAUUUUCACCCAUUCUCAACCCUUAAGUCAUCCAUUCUGCCGAGCCAUUUCAAGCCGAGCACAAUAAGAAAAUAGACGCGAACAUUUUAACUUUUGACAAUGUACAUAGUUUGUUAACCCCCUGCGUCCAAUUUGGGCACCCUAGUAGAAAAGAAGUGAAAUCCAAGCGAGCUUCUCGCUGAUUAGAAGUUGACAGCAGACGUCAGCUUGUCCUGUCUGCUUGAGCGAGUCCUUUCAAAAAUAAAGGGACGACGCCAUUGGAGAGACUGAAGGUCAAUCUUAACAACACUGGGUGUAGGCUACUUUUGCCAACAAACUGCAACAAAAGUUUGUGGCCCGCUAACAAAAUUACCUUUCCUAGGUCCUGACGCACAGUUUCCGUUUAUACAAGUGUCACGUUCUUUUGUGAAACUUGCCGAGACGGAGAAAUCCAAUUUUCGGCCCUAACUUUCGUUUCGUGGGCAAAUUCAUUGACCCUACACGCGCGAGCUUCCCCUCCUUUGCACUGUAAAGGAACUCUACCGUGAUAGCUUAGAUUCACUUUGUAUGUCACCGGCGUAGAUUUUUUCACUUCCAACAGAGGCAGUGAAAUGAAACUAAAAAAAAAAACCUAAUGCGCGAUUCCUUGUUUCCCAUCUGAGUCAUGCGUAAUACUUCGUUUUUGUGCACCAAGAGCGACCCGUGCACCGCAAACGUCGUGCACAGACAAAACAUUCCACAGCUUUGAGCGCCUCAGCUGCAACCUUGUUAGUAAAAAGAAUUACAGAUGCAGUGGCUCCUGAGAUUUCUGUAGCGUAGUUUGCUGUUGCCUAGGUAUGGUGCUAGACCUUUUGUACAGAUAACGUAAUCGAAGUUGCGGAGACCGACACGCUCGUUGCAGUGGCUGUGAAGUAGGGAGAAUGCGUCAGAUAUACAAGUGAGGAUCUCUGGGUAAGUUCAUCCUCUCGCGCCCGGUGGAGUGAAACAGAAGAAACGAAAGACGAACUCGUGGUUUCUGCUUUCAAACAAACCCCGAAGACUGUUUGUACUGAGCUGCUACCAGAACAUUCUCUCGUGCCGCGAGCUGGAGCACUUGAGGGUCACGCCAGUAACUACAAUCAGUAACGGGAAAGACGAGACAGAGAAGAGCAAGGUCGAGAACAACAUAAAGGAGAACAAGCACCGACUCUCUGCUGAGCUUUUGCUGCGGUCGUGGAAGAGUCGGUCGGCAGGAGAAACAGAGGCACCCACGGUGAUAGCGAGAAGACGUCCAAAGAGCGUCGUAGUUUUCGGUGAAGGCGGGUUCCCAUCUGCGGCACCGCGGAGUACUGGAUAACGAGGUCUCGCAAGACGUUCCCGCAUCGGCGGGACGGCUCCCGGGCGCCUACGGCUCGGCGAGCCGUGGCGCUCCGGAGUCGCCUUCUUCGGCGACCGCCCCGUCGGUGCCUCCCGUCGCCGCGUGGCGUUGCACGAUGCAGAGGCUUCGCGAGACCUUCCGGCGCUCCAAGGGGGGCCCCGCCCUCGAGUCCCACCUGCCCACGUCGGUGAGCCUCGAAGUGCCCAAGCAGGUGCGCUCGGCGAGCUUCGACGAGAUCCGCUUCAAGAAGGAGCACGAUCAAGAAGCCUGCGGAGGGGACAACCUCCUCAUGGUCCCUUCGACGAGGAACCAGAGAUCGCGCUCGUUCGACUCGGCGACCACGUCGUCUUCGUCGUCCUCUCCUUCGGCUCACUUGGCUGCGUCCUCGGCGUCUGCGCCGCCUUCGGCGGUCCCCGCAGGCAUGGUUGGCACCGGUGUUGGCUUAAGUGCCGGUGUUGGUGGUGGUGUUGGCUAUGGUGGCUAUGGCGGCUACGGUGGCUUCGGCAGCGCCACUGGUGGUGGCAUCACUUCGCUGCCAGUGCCCAGUCCUCCGGCAACUGCCACGGAGGCGCCCUGUCAGUUGGACGUGCCCAAGUGGAGGAUCCUGCGCCGCUCGUCCAGCGACAAGAGUCAGUGUGCGGCAUGCAUCCACUGUCAGUACAUGGAUGAGUUCAGUCGUAGCACGUCGCGCAGCAACAGCCCUCCCGAUAGGCCCCGAUACUUCUCCUCCGGAUCGGAGACUCUCGAAGAGAGUGAGUCCGAGAGUGCGGCCUCGGGGCGGCCCGACGAAGAGCAGGUCACGGACGCCGAGGAGGACCUCUUGGUGUCACCCACGUCGUGCGGUCUCAUGGUGACGCUGUCGGUGCCGGACUCUGGCCAUCGCGUGAGCCUAGGGGGCGACACCGGGGUCACGGUGGUGUCUCUCCAAGUGCCGCAAGUGGCUAAAGGCCGGUCGGCCUCGGUGGACUCGUCGUUCCUCCAGGUGCCCACGCCAGACCCGGACUUGGACCCUGACCUUGCGGCCAAGGCACACCGGUCGCGCUCCGUGGACAUUGUGCUGCCGACGGGUGCCGAGCCACACUACACGCUCUGUCAGCCCAAGGAGCGAGGACACGCAAGAAAAGCGAUCCAGGGAGAAGUUAAGCUCCCCGCCGAGAAUGGAGAUACGAGGCAGUACCGUGCGACGCCUGACUGGGGGGAAAGUGCUAUCAAUGGGGACCACUUAUGGACAGCCACCAGUGCCUCUGGGGAUCUCUGUUACGUGGGAGAGAGUGAAUGCUCAAAACAUGGACCCCGGAUGAAAUGCCCAGCUUGUAAAAUAACUGUUCACGCCGGAUGCAUUAGCAUUUUAAGUGAUAAAAUGAAGUUUCAAUGUAAGCCAACAUUCAGAGAUGUCGGCAUCAGACAAUACCGAGAGCAAACUGUGAUUCAGCACCACUGGGUACAUAGGCGCUAUGAGAAAGGCAAGUGCCAACAGUGUAGCAAGUCCUUUCAGUCAAAACUCUCAUUUGGUAGCAAGGAGAUAGUGGCCAUCAGUUGCACGUGGUGCAAGACAGCCUACCACAACAAGGAGUCUUGUUUCAGUAUGCAAAGGAUUGGGGAGCAGUGCAACCUGGGUGCACACAUGGACAUCAUCGUACCGCCCUCGUGGAUCGUCAAGCUGCCCCGGAAGGGUUCCUUCAAGUCGUCCAUCAGGAGGUCACCAAAGAAGCGGGCUUCUACGAAAAAGAAGUCCCGUAAAGAGGGAUGCGGAGACAAGGACAUGCAGCGUGCGUUUGCCAUCAAGCCAAUCCCGUGUGCGUCAAGCAAGCCCCUGUUGGUGUUCAUCAAUCCACGGAGUGGGGGCAACCAGGGGUCCAAGAUGAUGCAGAAGUUCCAGUGGCUUCUUAACCCACGCCAGGUCUUCGACCUCUCGGAAGGAGGUCCCAGACAGGGGCUUGAGCUGUACCGCAAGGUGAACAACCUACGAAUACUGGCAUGUGGGGGCGAUGGAACGGCGGGCUGGAUCCUGUCCGUGAUCGAUGAGAUCGGCAUCAUGCCCCCGCCGCCCGUUGCUGUGCUACCCCUCGGUACCGGCAACGAUCUGGCCCGCGCACUUGGCUGGGGAGGGGGUUACACGGAUGAGCCUAUAUCAAAGAUACUCCAAGAUGUUCAGAAUGGGGACAUCGUUCAGCUGGACAGGUGGGACCUAAUUGUAAAUAGAAACACGGAGGUGGACAUCUCUCAGUGCGAAGAAGGCAAAGAGACUGUGCCUUUAAAUGUUGUGAAUAAUUAUUUCUCUAUCGGUGUGGAUGCCCACAUUGCCUUGGAGUUUCACGAAGCACGCGAAGCUCACCCUGAGCGGUUCAACAGCAGGCUAAAGAACAAAAUGUUUUACGGCCAGGCAGGAGGCAAGGAUCUCCUUCAGCGAAAGUGGAAGGACCUCUGCAACUACGUCACAUUGGAGUGCGAUGGCCAAGAUUACACGGGGAAGUUACGAGAGCACAAAGUACACUCCAUUCUCUUCUUGAACAUUCCCAGUUAUGGUGGUGGCACGAGACCCUGGGGAAAUCCGGGGACAGCAUUUGAAAUGCCACAGACCGAUGAUGGCCUCAUUGAAGUGAUUGGCCUCACCAUCUACCAAAUGCCUUUCCUCCAGGCGGGUGGCCAUGGCACCUGCCUAUGCCAGUGCCGAAGCGCCCGCGUCGUGACGAGCAAAACCAUCCCGGUGCAAGUGGAUGGGGAGCCCUGCCGCCUACUGCCGUCGCUCAUCGAGCUGCAUAUGCGCAACAAGGCCUGCAUAGUGGCCAAGGCCAAGAUUCACAACCAAGUGCCAAGCCAGUUACCACUGGAAAAGCUGACCAUUGCCAUCCGAAAGCUAAACAUGGCUGAUUACGAGAAUUAUCACUACGACAAGGAGAGGCUACGAAGCCUAUCCAUACCGAUUGGAACAUUGACUGUGAACCCUGACACUGAUCUGGAGAAUGUCAGGCUGCUGAUCAACCAGUUGUGUUCUCUGGAAGGUCCAGAUGCACAGAAUCUGUCACCGUCCAAGAGGUUCUCACCCGACUGGUGCUUUCUGGAUUCAUGCACAGCGGAGAGGUUCUUUCGCAUCGACCGAGCGCAGGAGCAGCUACACUACGUCGUCGACAUUGGUCAGGACGGUGUGUACAUCCUCGACCCUGAGCAAUCGCCGAUCGCUCCGGAGCCGCCACCACCACCACUGACGUCACCCACAACAGACGAAACUGGUGCCCUGGACAGUUCGUCUGUCUUGAAGGAAAGUGCGGAAGGCCUAGCAGCUAUAGCAGCAGCCGCAGCUGCAGCCGAAGCUGUAGCCGAAGCUGAAACAAAGGAGCCAGCUCCAAUGUGGAGCCCCCCUACCCCCAUGCAAGAGUGUAAGGAACAGAAAGUUGAAGCUGGAGAGCAGCUGCAGCCAACUUCAUCGCAUGAAGUAAUCAUGGCUGCCAAACUGGGAGAUCUCUUAAGGCUAAAGCAGCUUUGUGACAGUGGUCACAGCCUGCUGUCGACGGACGACAGCGGGAUGACGGCACUGCACCAUGCCGCUCGCUACGGACACAAGGACGUUGUUCGGUAUAUUGUCGCCAGCGCGCCGCCAGUGAUCUUGGACAUUGUGGACAAAGACAGAGGACAGACGGCUCUUCACAAGGCGGCGGCGUACAAGCGAAGAACUAUCUGUUGCAUGCUCGUAGCAGCAGGAGCAUCGCUGUCCAAGGCAGACUGCCAGGGACAGACAGCGAAGCAGCUGGCUGCCAGAGCUGGCGAUGAGGACUUGGCAGCAUACCUGGAAAGCCAGGAGCACUUCGAAAGGCUCGUGCAGGACCGGGAGACGGCUGUCUGACGACAGCUGAACGCUGGUGCCCUGCCCCGCAAUGACAAGGGCCUCAGCUUUCCCCUUCCUCGGUCGUUCCUGUGGAACCACGAAGCCGACACCGAAGCCACAGCCGCAAGACUGCGUUGAGCAAGUCAGGCCAAGGCUUCAGCCUAAGUGGCAGCCAGAGCUCUUACGUGAGAUGCAGCUUAUGGCAGAGAGGGACAGGUUGCGGGCCGCACGAGCCCCACUUAGUCAAAAUCGCAGCACAUGUUAGGAGAAAGAGCCGAGUCGCGAGACUGUUCUGUUCUGGUCCGACAAUGGAAAGAGGUGAAAGAAGGGUGGUACAGGCCCGAGGAGAAGAGAAGGCAGGGUUAUGUGGCAGUUGUAAUGUUAGGCCAGAAUGGAGCAUAAAGAGUUUAUGCAGACCCAGUAUGCAUGCUUCUUCACGUUAAGAACUUUCACUGAUGCAGUUUGUACAAUUGGUGCUUUGGCGUGGUGACUUGUUGUGUGCAAGCACAUUCACAAACUGGUUUGUGUUUCAGCAUUGCAUCUUGGAAGUCAGUUAUGUUUGCAUGUUAAAAAAAGAUUCACUUUCGGUCUUUCUUGUGCUUUUAUGUUCCAUUCUGGCCUGGCAGUGUACUAGCCAUUCAUGGGGCAUUGUGAAAAUGUACUUUUAACGGUGUUAUCUUGAAAUAUGUUUGCACACUAGUUUUCUUUGCUUCGUGAAUUUUCAGGUAUUCUUUCUUGCCCUCGGAAAAUAUAUUUGGAACAUGCUCGUAGAUCCUUUUCGGACAAUGUUUGCAUGGGUUCUCAGUGAGCUUGCUUGACAUGCAUAAGCCUUGACAAUUUCUCGUGCUCCCGUUCUUGUGACACCAUUGACUCUGCAUCUGCUGCGUGGAGUGGAAGUUUCGGUUUACCAAUUCUUUUAAUUGUUCAUCACUUGGCAGCUAAGUGAUCUGAUGGCACGCCUUUUUGGCAGCUGCCCAAGAGCUUAGAUAUUUGGUGCUUUCAAACGCUGUGCUCCUUCGAGCACAAGAUGCUUACAAGCUAUGUUCACUCAAUUAUCAAGGUAUGUUGUAUCCCGAUUUAACCGCAGGCUCACAGAUCUAGCGAUUUGCCUUGCCACUUUUGUCAUGUCGCGUGUGAAAACGCUUAUUAGAGUUUGGCGAUCAUGGUGGCAUGGUACUGGUUUCUGUGCGGCUCUGCUUUCUUCACUGCUUUUUGUCUCGUAAUGAACAGGCGAAAAGUUCUCAUUGUACACAUCCUAACGCAUAUAGUAUCUUGGAUAAUUUGCACACUUCUUAUACGGUUGCACGCCUUUUGCCUCAUUAUGCGAUUCUCAGCAAAACAAGUUUGCCGUGGCGUUUUAAAACUCUUGCACUGUGUUUAAAGCUUUUCACAACCUUUCCAACUACACCACGGCGGUCCUGAAGUCUUUCACCUGGCUAACCUUACAUUGAACAUGUGCACACCAUGUCAGUGACGAUGCGCAGUUUGCCGUGGUCAAAAGUGAGUCUCCUCUGUUCACUUUAGACUCGUAGAAUGCGUUCCUCUGUCACGUGUGGAUCUGGCGACAGCAGAGGCAGGCAAACGUGCAAAAGCCUUCUCAACGUUCCUGCACCAUCCUCCUCAACAACUUUGGCCUUAACGUCACCAGCGGCUCCCUCCAUGUGGUGGCGUGGGAGGUAAUGCCAAUGAAAUGACGCUAGCGCCUCCUUUGGGCGAUACUAGACGAAACCUAGAGUGGUCCCUAUGCGGAACAGCCCCUUUCCCUUCAUCAAGAAGGAGGGGUGCAGUAGUUUCAUUGAAACGUGCUACGCUAUAUAACGCUCUCGCAUUACGUUGUACAAUUUUGUAUAUUUAGCCCUUGUACCAUAGCGCAGCGCAAGUGUAGUAGAGCUAGUUGUUUCGACUGCCCCCCUUGGAGGAGGAGAAAAAGAAACACGCAUUUUUAACUCCCAAACAAUACGUGUUUGACUUUCAAGCGGUGCACCUUGUUUUUUAUUUUUUAGUCCCCGCAGCAAUGGCUGGAGGAUGACCAAGGCAUUUUCCAGAGGCUGGCAGGCCUUGCUUAGCCUUGCCUCUGUGUAGUAGUGUGUCCUCUGUAGGCUUUUCCUUUUGGCCCAGUUGAAAGGUCUUGUCCAUGAGCUCCUUGUUGCCAGUAGAAUGUGAAUGCACACUCGCUUGUCGCAUGUCGAAGGACGAGGGAUUUUCGUGUGGACGCCAAGUUUGACCCACUAGUUGCAGCUCUUCAAUGGCAGCAUGCUUUUAUGCCUUUACAGACUGCUAUUUUUCGUUGUUGUUAUUGUUGCUUACUUUUUUUUUUUACCUGUGUAUAUCAAUCAUUUCUUCCUUCCUCACCAAAGUGGCUUGCAUGUACUCAAGUUUUUGCUUUUGAUGAUUUCUGUUGCACUCUUUUGUGUGUAAAAUUUUUUUUAAUUCACCCAUCUUGAUGGCUUCUAGGUAUCUGUGCUGGCAUUAUGUGUGCAGGUUUCUGACAUAUUACCCUUGAAUUGCCUAAAUUUUAUUGCCUGGAAAAAAAAAAAAGAACCACUCGAAUUGCACUUAAAGGUACUCACAUGCACAGCUCAGAAAAUGAAACAUUACUUCUAUGCAAUUGGCUACUCCAGAAGGAAACUUGUGGGCUUCUCAUGAUACGCCGAAAUGGGCACUAGUGCAAAUGAAUGUUGUUAUAUUGCACAUGUUUUCUUUAGUUCAUAUGCUUUGACAUCCAAGGUCAAUUUUGAGGCAUCUUGUGGAAGCCUAUGACAUGUUUUAGACAUAUUGAGUUCAGAAAAAUCUCUAAAGAAAGUAGCAAUGUUGAGUUGGUCUCUUUAUCAGCAAUUGUCAAUAUGAACUGCAUCAUGAACAUCAAGAAUCAGCACAUUUUCUUGUCACAGCAUAGGAAUGUUGUCUUUUUUUUGUCAUUUUUGUGUGCAUGGCUGCUCUGCGGGAAGGCUAUGACUUUAAUCAACCGAAGGCCUGGCUUGAAGUGAGGAUCAUUGUAAAUUUAACAAAGAAAAUAUAAUUUUGAUACUGGUUUGAAUUGACUACAAUUGCUUAAUUGUCUGACUUGGGCAUUAUUGUGAGUCGACUUCGUUUGCACUCAAGAAAGUCUUAGCCAGUUUUGGACACAACACUAACAAUAAUAUGGACUCACCUUGUUCCUUUAUUCACAGCUCAGUUGAUCUUCAGCUGUAUACAAAGGGCUGUUAAGACUGCCUUAAGUUCCUACCAGGCUCUUAUUAGUUGCUUUCAUUUCUUUUCUAAUACAAGCUGCACAUUAUGCUGCACUGCAGUGAAUGACUGUCAUUCCGCAAAGAUGUGACUUACCAGUGACUGUAUUUAUUGUGCAGUGCAACACAUUCGUAUCAAUAUUUAUAGAACUUUAAAAUCUGGGCGCAUGUUCGCCAAGCAGUUUCUAUACCACACAGUGACUUUUAAAAAAAAAGUGGUACCAGCCAUUUGUGAUAGUCAACAUAUCCCCUCCAGGCGCCAUGUGCAUAGUCGCACUCACCAAAAUAUAGUACGCUAAAACCGAAACCACUGAGAAAAGUGCUACAAUUGAAAAUUUGUUGCAAACAUCUUGACACCCUCGCAGAACACACCUCUGCUUGAAGUUUGAAUAAUAUGUGUAAGGUGUUUUUGUAAAACAAAUUGGAAGGUAGACGUUUUGGUGCUUACUCUGUUUCACUUUGUCAUUGUGUAGUGGUUUCACAUCUUUUCUUGUUUUUCGCAAUGUUUCACAUCAGGCGUAUAUUUCGAGAGGCUGGAUGGGCACUUUCCAAAUAAGCGAGACACAAAACAGUUGAUGUUAUCAUAACUGACAUCUCUGCAAAGAAUUUUCACAGGUAGUCCACUUUCUGGUAAACUUUCCAUAUGGGGCAUGGUACUAACGAAAAACUAUGUGGUGAUACUAAAUUUUCAAUGAGUAGAAUUGAUUGGUGCCUGAAGGGGAUAUAAUACUCGGUGACAACCUGCCCUCUGUGCCUCAUAGUUCCUGAGAGAUGCAAACAUUGUAAAGAAUUCGCCCCAUCCAGGACGUUGUGGAAAUCAGCAUGUAUAAUUGGCUGUUGCAUCUGUGCAAGUUUUGUUUGAGUUGGACAUUGCCAUACUUGCUGCUGAAUUCGUAGGUUGUCACUGACUGAGUUGAACCUCUAUAUAACAAAUUAUCAGAUAUAAUGAAAUAAACCUAAGACUUUUCUCAUUGAUAUGAGCAGGUAAUGAAGAUGCUCAUAAUGAAUAUAACGAAGGCAUUUUUGUGUUGGACGUGACUGAGUUAUAACAAGGUUUGACUAGUCAUACUUUGUUAUGAUCAAAUCACAUUCAACAUGUAAAUUCCUUUGUGAUAUCCAGUAUUCAUUACGAGCACUAUUCGUACAGUCAAACAUCAUAACGAUGUAGCACCGAUACAUUCUUUAUAUCCGCUAUUUGUUACAAGUCUGUUUGUUACACAGUUUUGGCUAAAAGAUUUUUUAUUUACUUUGUUAUAUCCAGUGAUUCAUUAUACUGAGAUUCAACUUUAGCAAUAAGGCUGAACAAUUGCAGGCAGGGCGUAUGAAAUAAAAGUUUUGUGAAUUUGGCCCUUGGUCACUAUAGCCAGUUUCUACGGACUGUGUCUACAACUGAGCCUAACGUUCAGGUAAUGUUCCUGUUAUUGUCUCAUUGAGGUAUCAAAGCUUUAUGAACUAAGUUUCCACAAGUGAUACUGAGUAUAUGUACUGAGCUUUGUGCUUCCUCCAUCAUGUUUGUACAAUGGUCUCAUUAGCUUGCACACAUACAAUUAUAUGCAAUGUGUUUCUAAUACAGUUGUUUGUUUGCUGUGUUGUUUAACGACUUUGUUUCGGCAAUGGAUAUUGAAUCGCCUCUGGCCCGUGGUGUGAUCAUACAAGCAUUAACAAAAGCACAGUCCAUAAAUUUGAUUGCGUCAAUUCACAACAGCUCAUAGCAAGAAGACUUAAACCUGUCUGAUAUGCGUUUACGUUAAAUGAAAUGACUGCACUUUUACAUUGCAGCAUUUUCUAAUCGUAGCUCACAGCUUAACCCUCUAAAAUACACCUUGGCAACAUUCUAGGCACCACAAUAAUGUCCAUGCAACAUGAAUUCUUAAACAUUAUUAGAGCUGUGCUUCAGCCUUUCAUUUUUCGUAAAAAUUUGGUUUACGUGAAUUCAUUUGGAACUUAUUACAGAGUGUGUGGAAUGACGGCAGUAGUGUGCUAACAAAUGGCUGCCAUAUUUUUCUUUGACAUUUGCAGCAUCUAGGAAAAAAUAUUUUGUACACUAAGCUUAGGGAUAUUUUCUCGCUUCAUGGCUAUUCGUUCAUUUCCCAGUGAAAUACUGUAUCUCUAUCCUUACAAAGCACAUUGAAUUUGAAAACACAGGCUUUCCAACGCCCUAAAAUGGCAGAUUUAUGAUGGUGUAAACCUUUCUCGUUUUGUUCAUUUUGCUUUUAUGUUGCAAGAUCUGCUUUAUGUUCAUUUGAGAUGAAUAAAGAGGCAAAGGAAGCCCUAUGAAAAUAUUUUUUGUGCACUAAUUCUUACUUUGCGAUUAAGGUAUUAAGGCUAGGGUAAUUGUGAAAUAAUUCAUCGGGAGAAUUUAGAUUGUCCAUAAAUGUAUUGCCAUCUACAGAAUACUGGGUUACGAGAGAUGUUUUUGCGAGUAGCCACAUUGGUGGCACCAUAUUGUGGUGCAGAGGUUAACCACAAAAGACAGAGCUAAUAUUGCAGUGAGAAAUCAUAUUCUACUUAUCUGCUGGUGCGUAAAAAAGUUUUCCAUAGACAUAGUUGUUAAUAUGCAGUUUUCUUUUUCUUUUUGUUUCCUUUGACAAUAACACAUGUGUGACAAAAAGAUUUCCAAAGCAUUGUGGUUGGACAAAGCAUCACAAGAUGUCGCCAUCAACAUUGCUACUGUUAUUCAUGGCUAUCGUUUCUAUUGUCUAGACAGCCUAUACUGUGUGGCAGUUUCUCUAAGCCUCUAAUCUAAUGUUGCAUGUUUAGGAGCGCCAUGUAUACGUUACUUUUCCAGCUGAAUUGCCGGCUAAUCCACACUCAUAUUUCACACAGAGGUAGCAUUUCACAGCGCAUGCAGCUUAAUGCCACGUUAGGGUGUAUUACUUGCAUGUGAUAAUUUGCGCACAAAUAAAUGAGUGUAUUUCGUGCGUGACAGUACUGGAUAAUAUGUAGAAUUUGCAGCAAUGUGUACAUGGUGCCAUGUCUUGACUGUACUAAGAAAACAGCAUUGUGCGCCAUGUCUCACUGUGUGUGUCACAGGGUGCCACUGUUCAAUUGCUGCAAAAUUGUACAUGUAUUGCCUGCCGUUGCCACAGGUGACGUGUACUUCUGACACGGAUGAAUUUUUGGAUCAAUUGAUGCUUGGUGGUGGAAUUCAGUUCUGCUGCUUUAUUGUGCAUGUGGGUAGGUGCUAUUUUAGUUAAACUGGGAUUUCUUCAAAAAUGGCCACGUUUUUGGCAUGUGCUGAUCCCCAUUCUUGUUCUUACUUUUUUUUUCCCCGAACACUUACUUUUGCGCCUCACCUUUUCGCAAACAAAGUCUCAUUUUGGGUGCUUAAAGAUUUUAACCCUUUAAGUGCUUUAACUUUUGUGUGGACUAAAAUAUUUUGAGCUUAAAUCGGACUGUAGGCGUGACUGGUAGUUUGUGCCUGUAAGCAGUUCCUGUGACAAUGGUGGCUUUCAGUAGCUGGCAUAAAAACGCCCUCAAUUGACAUAUUUUGCAUUGUAACCUAACCUUGUCUACAGCAGGCAUAGCUCGUCUUGACAUUAUUAUAUGUCGCUAGCAAUGAGGACGUACACAGAGGCCAAUGUUUGUAAAGGGCAGGCUGACUGUUUCAGUUUACUAGGUUUGUUCUCAUGCUGUCUAAGCUGCAUUGUUUGAAGUGAACCGUGUGGGGUACAAUCGGAAGGAUGUUUUUUAUGGGACCAAAGGUGUUUGGUUCUGGUGCCAUGUUCAAGCCCCUGGCAUAGAAUGGGUGUUUGUGUGUUGACUCGUUGACAGUGAUUGAGGGAAGCGCCAUCUGUGGAAUCGGGACCGGCAGUUGCACAUUACAGAAAGGGCGUUGCAUUUGUGUCUAGAUUUUAACUUCGCUUGUCAAGCCAAACAGGGCGCUAGCAAACUUUGCACUCACCUGUGUGCAUCUUCAACGUUCCGGAUGAAGGUGUCCCAGAAGCGGUGGCAGUGAUGUUUACUGUGGGGGGGUGUGUGACAAGCAGUGUGCGUCUGGCAUUCCGGUCAUGUGCACUUGAAAUGAAAACUAUGUGUGUGCAUUUUUUUUUAUUGGGUUGUUUGUGAGAGAUAUCCCAACAGAGCUUCACUUUAGUCAGUGUGUUUUCGAAUAGGAUCCACUCAAGCUUUCAUGGGAAAAAAGAGUGAUCUAAACAUUAAAAACACUUAAGCUGUGUUGAGACAAAGAAAGAUGCAGGCCGCAAAAUUUUAGCAUUGUUGUGCCAGCAGUGUGCAGCCAAGUCUGCUGCCACAACUACUCGUAGCUUUUCAAGCCUCCGUAUUGUUACGGAGUACUUGAGCACAAAGACAAUGACAGCACCGUGUAGCUCUGCGGGGGGCAUAAAGCUGCCAACAAAGUGUGACAGCAAUGUCAAGUACGUUUAAAAGACGUAAGAGCAUACUUGCAUGAUCUGUUCAGGGUAAUGUGAAUGAUAUGGUGCAUCGAUAGCGGUGACUGCUCUCCCCAUUAAUCACAUUUGUCACCUUGCAGAGCACUACCCCACUGUCAUCUUUGUGCACAAGUUCUUCAUAAUUCCAUGGUAGGAGAAGCAAGUAAAGACAAAUCAAUUCUCCAGCUAGUAUUCCCAUGAAACUUGAGUUGGUGUAAAAGGAAGGAUCCUUCAACGUUGUUGUCUCAACUUGUCUGGCGAUGGAGUCGUCUGUAUUCUAGCCAGAGUCACGAGCCAAUGCAGCAUGAUGCUUUGUGGUCACCUUCAGUGAAGUCAGCCUUUGCUGAUGAAGGUGCUAUGUAUGUUACUAGUGUUUGCCUGUCUUCGCAAGGUUAAACGCCUUGCAGUGUGAUGUCUAGAGCCCUCUAGUCAAAGUGCAUUUUGCCAAAGGAACAGAAAAAAAAAGACCUUCAAUGUUUGGAGGGCUGUCAUAUCAACGUUUGUGCUGAUGCGGCGUAGUUCUUUGGGAUGAAUCCUCCUGCAGCCGUUUUAGUGAAGGGAGCUUUGGGAACCAUGAUCGUUAAAGUGAGAGAAAUGCAACUGCAAUAAUCUCCACCGUAAUCUUUGUUGCUUCGUGCGAGCUUUUGAAGAAAGUGUGGCAGGUGUAGGGACGCAACACUGAGGAGUCUCGGAGCUUGCACGGACGUGGGACAACACACGUAGAGAACAUUUUGCAGCGUUAUCUUUUGGGAGCACCUCACCUUAUCCCUGUUUUACCUUUUCCCAUUGCAGAUCAAAUUAUUGGUCCUGCAAGCACACAAACUUCUGGUAGGCCGACCAGCAUGUCCACUUAAGAUGUAGUUUUGUGGCGGCACUAUAAAUACAUAUAAAUAUUAUACAUAUGCGUAUAACUUGACUGAUGUAGCAUAUAAGUUACCCACACACCUAGGAGGCCUACUUGAACCAAAGUGUAUAAAAAAAUGCCACUGGACCACUUGUUCGAUCGUAGUCGAGCCCCUAGGGCCGAGGGUGUAUACUACAAUACGCCUGUUAUUCCGCCUGUUUGCUCUCGUAUAUCUUGUUCUUCGAAGACCACAGGAUUGUAGGCUUAGCCGGUGUUUUUUGAAAGCAGGCGCACGGAUUCCCGUCUUGUUACAUGCGACGCCCCGUAUAUUGUUCGAGGCGGCGGUGAACGGAUCCGAGAGUUUUGUCUUUGUGUCUUUGUGCUGAUGCUCGUGCGAAAAAGAAAAAAAGUUGUUCCUUCACGUUGGUUCCUUCUGCGUUUUUCUCGUGCCACCCAUUUCAAUAUGGAUAGCUUGAUGAAUACGAUUUGCACCUACGUCGUGCUAUCGACAGCCUCACCCAAAUGCUUGCUGCCUUUAUUACGUGGCACAAAAAACACGCAUUUCAAGGCAUUGUUUCUACAAUAGCAUUAAAUGUGUAGGCAUCUCGAAGGCUACACAGGCUGGCUUCACAAACAUCAGCUGGUGCAGAAAGCUUUAGCAUGUGUCCUCCGGCAUGUUCAGGCUCAUUGCUAAUGUUGAGAACUAUUCUGGGACUGCACACGUUGGUUGCUGCGCGAACCUCGGAAUUUGUGAAAGGCCAGAUGCAAGAAUUUUCCACAAGUUGAUGACACUACGAAUUUCCGUGAUAACGUGGAGCGAUAAAUUCAACGGUUCCUCCGCAAAAAGAUGCGGCAAUUGCAUACUUGUGUGGUGUAGUUAGCCAUCGGCUAGAAGGAGGUUCACUACCAAGUUUUAUACCAACCGUGUCUGUUAAGCCUGUCAGGUGCAAUGUUCAGCAGCUAUCAACUUUUAUUAAAGGAAGAAAUAAACACACUGGCAAGAACUUUUGAGUGGUUCUUCGCUGGUUCAAAUAAAGCAAGGCUGUUGAUUCUCUUAAUCUCUGGCACGCCUUCAUGCCCCCUCCUCUCCUGAGUUAUUAGGUUAGUUUUGUCUUAGUUAUCGAGUUGUCUCUCAAGAACUGAAAGUGCACUGUGCGCUGAGCUUGCAGUGUCUUUUUUCACUAGGGUGCUGAUGUAAAAAGGAAUAAUAAAUUACGUGUAUUGCCCCGCAGCUCCUGUGUAUGCACCGCGCCCAACGUCACGUCUAAACGUUUUUGUACUCGCACAGCCCUGACUGCGCAUUUUGUUUCUGGCUCACUGGCCAAACGUCACAUCCUGUGCAUCACAUGUCAAAGUUUCGGCAUGUUUCCUCGGUGUCCGGCGUCGCCUGUGGUAAAAAAUGUUUGAUGGCACUGCAAAAGAGUUUUGAUGAGCCCACUCAUGCCCUGAAAUGUUAGCUGACAGGGCCCUCUUGCGUUUGCUGUUUUGUGCCAGCAAGCAUGUUCGCGGUAUUGGUUCUCAAUGGAGGAGCAUAUUGAGCAGCAAGUCAACAGGCAAAAAGCAAAGCUCGUAAUGACCAUAGACAUACUGGCAUUUACGAGAUGUCAGAGGUGCAAGUGUGAGCAGCCACCUUGUUCAUUUUGCACUGGUGUGUGCAAACUACUAUUGCUCUGAUGGGCUAUGGGCUACUCAAUCAAUAGAUUAAAAGGCAUUGGCAACAGAAUGAUUGUGUAUGUAUAGUUGCUAUAUAACACCAAUUAAGAAAUUGUGCUGUCGCUUUGUGAUGAAGCAAACUACCACAAAAUAGUGCUACCAGCUGUGCUGCUACCUUCCCUCAUGUCGAGUAUUCUGCAAACCUCAAAUGUGUACGGACACUAAUAUUGGUUUCUAUAUUCAAGGUGUUUGACAUAAGCAAGCUUGAAGAUGUUUCCUGCUGAGCGGGAGUCUGAUGUCAUGUUUUUAUGCGUGAUGCACUUAUUUGAAUGAAGCUGUGCUGAUUAUGCCGAGUAGGGAGCCCUCAAAUGCAGCAUUUAACCUCUGCAGCAACGUUUGCGGCCUUUAGCGCGUCUGCCUUUUCUCUUUGUGGCGGGGGGAGGGGGUGGGGCGAAGAGGUCCUGUCGUGUAUAGUUUCAACUGAAGAGUGGUAAGCAGCACACCCAGGUGAUGCUGUAAAAAAAGGCGAUCUGUUCCCUCCAAUUUAUACGCAGUGUUCAGCACAGCGGUUCUUCACUCUGUGCAGAUUUGUUCUGGCGCCAUAAACCACGAGCUUGCAACAGGCGACGCCGGGCUGUGACCCGCGUCUUCGACAGCGUGCACUGUACCGCGGUUUCCACAUGACUGCCGUCAUUCCUUCUAUAGGCCCGGUGGCAAUGACCAUGUCCCGAACUGUUGUUGUUAUUCCCGCGCAGCAAACGCGGUCUCUGCAGCUAGACAAGCAGUCGUUGCUGUCUUAGAGCGAGAGAAGUGCUUGUACGUGUGUGCGCGUGCACGCAUUCCUCACCACUUGUAAAUGCAGGAUUGCGUGUUCACCUUCGUUCGAAUGAAAAAAAAAGAAUAAGAAACCUCUCGAAAACUGCCCACGAGAUCUAUUUUUCCUUACCCUGCGCUGACAGUUUGCCACUAAACCGGCGAGUGCGCUGUGACGUUGCGAAGAUAUAUGCAACGGUGACAAAGAGACAGAGAGAGAAAUAAAAAAAGAACACAACAAACUGGCGUUUCUCAAUGGCUUACAGUAGCUGACCGAAGUCGUCGUCUUGUGCGUGGGAAAGUGGAACCCGCACGCAUCUCUAUAGUUGACCGUUCUAUACUGCUCCGUGUACCGUGCACACCAACCGUUUCCUUCCUGUGGAUGAUGGAACGCUGCUGACGCUCCCCGCGGUGCUAUUGGUUGGUUGCUAUAGCGCCUGUCCCCCCGCAGUGUGUCUGGUUCAGCGCUGAACUUGCAGAAAUGGCGACCACAUUUCGGCUUCCACGGUCUUUUCGCAUAUUUAUUCCACUGGCGAUGCGCGGAGGACUUGAGGCAAUCACUUUGUUUUUUGCUUGAAACUGGAACAUUUAAUCUUUAUUUUUUAUUAUUAGGCUCAGCGGCACGCCAAACCGCUGCGAUCCAUAACGCAGUAGUAAGAAAUUGCGGUAUUUAUUUUUAAGCUUCUAGUGCCUCCUAAUGUAAGUCAAAAUAAAUCUACAUGUGGAGUGAAAAUUGUAAGCUAAAAUUCAUUCCCCGCUUUCGCGUGUCACAUUCAGACGCAAAGGUGGCGCAGUCAAUAGUAUGAUUUGGCCUGUCGGCUAAGAUUAAGGCUUGCUUCAUUCGGUGAAUUUCCAUUUGUUAGUCUGUACUCUUGAAAAUCUGACUCGUUUCUUUUGGCAGGUUACAAUUACCUGUGCCGAGUGGGUCAUCCUUGCCGCUGCUGAAUUCAUUCACGCUCAUAUAAGACUCAAAUCUGCAACUUACUUUAGCUGGUUAUUUGUUUCUUAAUAUCAUUAAAUGCAAGGCCCCGCUUGUGCAACAAGCGCACAAGUGAUCACAAUCACUCCGCCUGCUCUCUCUCACAACCUUCUGUGCAAGCAAUUAAUUUACUUUAUGCAAAUGAGGGGCAGCGAUUUGAAGGUGGUGAUUUUAGGUUGUUAAAUUCUCGUCACAUAGCUCUUUUUUUUUCGAAUAUGUGUAAAAGAUGUGGAUGUAUUAGUUUUAUCCUUCACUGCCUACGUCAUCCUGCAGUGUCACAAGAAAUGAAGUUGACGUCACACCAGGACUGGCGUAUCCAUUCCGUUCAUUGAAGUGGAGUCAUUACUUUCAUGACUUCAGUCAUCAUGUAUUAGUGGGAAGAAGCAAGCCCAUGAGCGGGCAGUUGUUGGCAGGAAAUGCACUUAAAAAUUGUAACGGUCAUUAGAAAUUGUUAAAUGGUCUGCGUAAAUCACUCGGUGGAACGAUAUUUAGAAGGGCAUUAUUGGAUUACUUCAGUCCUUCGCGCCUGUUGCCAAGUUUAAGCUCGAUGGAACCGACGGUGGCACGUUAUUAUACCUAGCAAGUCUUGCGGUGAACACGUGCUGUGGGCAAGCGUUCAUUUGGAGUUUCAACCACAUUUAGUAGAGCAACACCACACAUGUCAGUGUUGUUUUCGUUCGUGCUGUUAUUUUCAAUAGUGUUUCACUGCAUGGCCGCGAUUGAAUUAUUGUUUCAUAUCAUAAUUAAGCAGCCCCUAAUGUCAUCACUGCGCACUAGGCAACGGUGCCAUCGUUAGUGUGCAUUUCUUUUUGUCUAGUUCUGAUGUCUCGGUUGUUGAAUUUCCUCUUCACAGCUUUGCUGUUUUGUUGCUCCCUGUUGUGUUCUGUGAUUUUCUUCUGCAAAAAGAAGUGUCGAAGAAAUAAAUUUUGAAAUACGGAAGGGACCAAA